AUGUCUGAAGGAAACGUGAAGCCCCCGGUUGUGGCCGAAGCGCACGAAGUCGACACAUUCCACGUUCCCAAGGCGUUUUACGAGAAGCACCCGCAUUCAAGGCCUCACCUCGAAAACCUCGAAGAGUACCAGAAGCUGUACAAAGAGUCCAUUACCGAUCCAAAGACUUUCUGGGGCAGAUUAGCGCGCGAACUGCUCACGUGGGAACGCGACUUCCAGACCGUACACUCGGGUAGCUUUGAGCAUGGCGAUAAUGCGUGGUUCUUGGAAGGCAGACUGAAUGCCAGCUACAACUGUGUUGAUCGUCAUGCCUUCAAGGACCCUAACAAGCCGGCCAUCAUUUACGAGGCCGACGACGAGGGCGAUGGCCGCAUCAUCACAUACGGAGAGCUACUCCGCCAGGUCUCCAAGCUAGCCUACACACUCAAAGAAAUGGGCGUAAGAAAGGGUGACACAGUCGCUCUUUACUUGCCCAUGAUUCCAGAGGCCGUCAUCUCCUUUUUGGCAUGCACGCGCAUCGGUGCUGUCCACUCAGUCGUCUUCGCCGGCUUUUCGUCUGAUUCACUACGCGACCGCAUCAACGACGCCGAGUGCAAGGUUGUCAUCACCACCGACGAGGGCAAGCGCGGAGGCAAGACCAUCAGCACCAAGAAGAUUGUUGAUGAUGCUCUGAAACAAUGUCCCGGCAUCAGCCACUGCUUGGUUUACAAGCGCACUGGCGCCGAAGUCCCCUGGACCAAGGGACGUGACUGGUGGUGGCACGAGGAGGUCGAGAAGUACCCCAACUACAUUGCACCAGAGCCUAUGAACUCAGAAGACCCUCUUUUCUUGCUCUACACAUCGGGUUCGACUGGUAAGCCCAAGGGUGUCAUGCACACAACAGGUGGUUACCUCCUUGGAGCAGCAGCAACUGGAAAGUACGUCUUCGAUAUCCACGACAAUGAUGUCUUUUUCUGCGGUGGUGAUGUAGGUUGGAUCACAGGACACACAUACGUUGUAUACGCUCCUUUGCUGCUUGGUGUUGCUACCGUUGUGUUUGAAGGUACCCCUGCUUACCCCAACUUCUCGCGCUACUGGGAUAUCGUGGACAAGUACAAUGUCAGCCAGUUCUACGUAGCGCCCACUGCACUGCGGCUACUCAAGCGUGCAGGCAAUGAGCACGUCAAACACAAGAUGAAGAACCUAAGAAUACUCGGAUCCGUUGGCGAGCCGAUUGCUGCAGAAGUGUGGAAGUGGUAUUUCGAGACUGUCGGCAAGGAGGAGGCACAUGUUGUUGAUACGUACUGGCAAACUGAGACGGGCUCGCACGUGAUUACACCCCUGGGUGGUAUCACCCCUACCAAGCCUGGGUCCGCAUCUCUUCCCUUUUUCGGUAUUGAGCCGGCGAUUAUCGACCCCGUCUCCGGCGAGGAGAUUCACGGUAACGAUGUUGAGGGUGUAUUGGCGUUCAAGCAACCUUGGCCAAGCAUGGCACGCACAGUCUGGGGAGCACACAAGCGAUACAUGGAGACAUAUCUGACGGUAUACAAGGGGUACUACUUCACUGGAGACGGUGCCGCACGUGACCACGAGGGCUAUUACUGGAUUCGAGGACGCGUCGAUGACGUUGUCAACGUUUCUGGGCACAGGCUGUCGACUGCUGAGAUUGAGGCGGCACUUAUUGAACACCACCAGGUGGCUGAGGCGGCAGUAGUGGGAAUCCAUGACGAACUGACAGGCCAAGCGGUCAACGCCUUUGUGGCGCUCAAGGACGGCACAGAGUCAAGUGACCAAGUGAAGAAGGACUUGGUAAUGCAAGUGCGCAAGUCGAUUGGUCCGUUUGCCGCACCAAAGGCAAUUUUUGUAGUGCCAGAUCUGCCCAAGACGCGAUCCGGCAAGAUUAUGCGACGUAUAAUGCGCAAGAUUCUAGCUGGAGAGGAGGACCAACUGGGCGACAUCACAACGCUUUCGGAUCCGUCGGUAGUCGACAAGAUCAUCGACAUAGUGCACCAGUCGAAGAAAAAAUAG